AUGGAGUCUGCAUGGGAUGUAGAGAAGAGCCUCGAGAGCGUCCAUCAAACUUCAUCGCUCUCUUCCUCCUCAUUCUCAGUUUCAUCCUCAUCCAGAGAUGAACUAUCCCGUAUCCAAACAGCACAUUCCCUCCACGGCUCCUGUCUAGACAGACACACAACAGCCCUAAGCCGGAUAGCAACAGCCCAAAGCCAACACACCGCAACAGUGGGUGCGAGUAUAAAAAGCACACAAACACAGAAACCCCUACCAGAAUUCGGCGCCGGACGCCCUUACCCACCAGCUCUCCCCUCCCAAGAUGAAUACGUGGUAGAAUUCGCGGGUCCAGACGACCUGCUACACCCCCAAAACUGGAGCUUGACAAAGAAGAUCCUCACAGCAAUAAUGCUCUCCUUCACAACCUUCACAGUAACCUUCUGCAGUAGCCUCUACUCUCCCACAAUCUCAGUCAUCGCUCCAACCUUCAAUGUCUCCGAAGAGGUUGGAACUCUAGGGUUAUCUCUCUAUGUCCUCGGCUUCGCGACAGGGCCUGUUCUCUGGGCUCCAUUCUCUGAGCUAAAAGGCCGCCGUCUCCCAAUCACGCUAGCAAUGUUUGGCUUCACAAUCUUCCAGUUCGCUGUCGCGACUGCGAAGGACCUGCAAACUAUCAUGCUGUGCCGCUUCUUCGGCGGCUUCUUCGGCGCUUGUCCCGUCACUGUAGUUGCGGCCGUGUUCUCGGAUAUAUUCGACAACCGCAUCCGUGGCGUCGCGAUAACAGUCUUCAUCAUGACUGUCUUUACAGGGCCGCUGUUCGCUUCUACUGUCGGCGGGUUCAUUGUUCAGAGUUCCCUCGGCUGGCGCUGGACAGAAUACCUAACAGGAAUAAUGGGCGGCGUAGCAUUCACCGUCGACAUCCUCUUUCUGUCAGAGACAUACCCGCCUGUCGUCCUGAUUCAGAAAGCGACAGAGCUGCGUCGCCGAACAAAGAACUGGGGUAUACACGCGAAGCAAGAAGAGAUCGAGGUCGACCUCAAAGAACUCAUCCAGAAAAACUUCGGUCGUCCACUCAAGAUGCUCGUUUCUGAACCGAUUCUCCUCGCGCUGAGCAUUUACAUGGCUUUCCUAUACGGCCUGCUCUAUCUGUUUCUAACGGCUUACCCGCUUGUCUUUCAAAAGGUUCAUGGAAUGGGCAAGGGCAUUGCUGGCCUGCCUUAUCUGGCUAUCAUCAUCGGCGAGUUUCUGGGCGGGUUCUUCAUUCUCGCUACGCAGCCGUCAUAUAACCGGAAACUGGCUGCUAAUAACGGGAUUCCUGUCCCAGAGUGGAGGCUUCCGCCUGCUAUUGUUGGUAGUGUUGCCUUUGCGGGUGGGUUGUUCUGGUUUGGAUGGUCGGGCUUCAAGGCUGAGAUUCACUGGGCUAUUCCAACUACCUCGGGGGUUUUGACUGGGUUCGGACUGUUUUGCAUAUUUUUGCAGGCGCUGAAUUAUAUUGUCGAUGCUUAUCUCCUUCUUGCUGCUUCUGCUUUGGGUGCGAAUACCAUUUUGCGUUCGGCUGCUGGGGCUGGAUUUCCUCUUUUUGCUACUUAUAUGUUCAAUGGAAUGGGUAUCAACUGGGCUAGUACGGUGCUUGGUUGUGUGUCUGCGUUGUUGAUCCCGAUGCCAAUCAUCUUCUACUUCUACGGUCCCAAGAUCCGGGCCAAGAGUAUGUUCGCGAGUGAAUUUGCCAUUAUCGCCCAAGCCCAUGCGCUACAGCCUAGAUGA